AACCUUUAAUGUUAGAAAUUGAUAUGUUCAGCAUAUUCUUUCAGUUUAGUAACAUAUCCACCUAUUUACGUCAUUUCUGUGCAAUGAAAAUAUAUUUAUAAUAUAAAUAAAAAAUAUUGUAUUACAUUAAUAGUUGUGAUGAAACAAAAAUUUAAUAGAAUUUUUGCUAAAUUUAUUCUAACAACAAAUGUAUUUAAUUAAAUUAUAUAUAAAUCUUAAAAAAAUUAUAAAUUUUUAUUUUUAUUAUAAUAUAGUAUAUGUUUAUUAAUUUAUAUUAAAAAAAUAUUAUUCAUUUAUUUUGUUUCUAGAAUUUUGUAAAUAUUAAAAAAUGGCAUGGACACAUUAUCAAUGUAUUUUAGCUGUGCUUAUGGUUGUUACCGGAUCUUUCAAUACAAUAUCCGUAAAAUAUGCAGAUGAACAGAUUGUACCAGGUGAAGAUAAUCAGCCAAGACAUUUUAAUCAUCCUUUUAUGCAGUCAGCUUUUAUGUUUAUUGGAGAAAUGAUGUGUUUUGUAGUAUUUAAAGUACUUUAUCAUUAUUACAGUUACAGAGGUGAUAAUUCUGUGGAUAAUAAUCCUUUGACAAAAGGUUCACAUACAUUUAAUCCUUUUACUCUAUUGAUUCCUGCUUUAUGUGAUACAUGUGCUACCUCGAUUAUGUAUAUUGGAUUGACUAUGACAUAUGCAAGUAGUUUUCAAAUGCUUCGUGGUGCUGCAAUUAUAUUUACAGCUAUACUCUCAAUGGGUUUUCUUAAUAGAAAACUAGGUAGUAGAGAAUGGAUUGGUAUAAUAAUGGUUAUAAUUGGUUUAGCUCUUGUUGGAAUCAGUGAUAUAACUAUGGAAAAAUCAUAUAUUAGCACAAAUUCUAUUUUAACUGGUGAUUUACUUAUCAUAUGUGCUCAGGUCAUAACAGCUGCUCAAAUGGUGAUAGAAGAAAAAUUUGUAACAGGACAAAAUAUACCAGCAUUACAAGCAGUUGGAUGGGAAGGUAUAUUUGGAUUCAUUACUAUAUGCAUUAUAAUGAUUCCUCUUAACUUUAUACAUGUUCCACCACCAUUUGCUGACAAUUCCCAAGGAACUCUUGAAGCUACUCAAGAUGCAUUUAUUCAGAUUAAAAAUAGUGGUCAUUUAUUGAUGGCAAUAUGUGGUAUGUCAUUCAGUAUAGCUUUUUUUAACUUUGCUGGUAUUAGUGUUACUAAAGAAAUAAGUGCUACCACAAGAAUGAUUUUAGAUAGUAUUCGAACAGUUAUUAUAUGGGUUAUUUCUUUAACAUUUAGAUGGCAAGCUUUUCAUUAUUUACAGCUCAUUGGUUUCACUAUUUUGCUCAUUGGAAUGUGUUCUUAUAAUAAUGUUGUUAUUCCUCAAUUAAUAAGAAAAUGUGGAUAUCGUCUAGGUCGUCAUAGACCGCCAGCACAUGAUCGUGAACGUAUUAUUAAUACAGCAGCAGAUGACAUUUCUGAAACUCAAUAAUAUUUACUUUUAAAUAUUUCAUUAUUUUGUAUUAUUGAAAAUUAUUUAGUUUUUCUAACAAAUAGUAAAAACUAUAAUUUUUUCAGUUUAUUUUAUAUAAAAUAGAUUACUAUAUAUUUAUCAGAAUUAUUUUAUAAAAUUAAUGAAAAAAUUUUAUAAAGUUAAUGAAAGUAAAUAGUAAAUAUAUUUUUAAAAUAUAACAGACUCAUUAAUGGAAAUGAAAAACAAAAUUCAAUAUAUAUAUAUUUUAUAAAUAUGAUAAAAUUCAUAUAAUUAUUUUUUUUAAAUAAUAUUCUACAUCAAAAUAUAUAGAUUAGAUUUAUUUAUAUAAAUCAUUUCUAUUUAUUUAUAUAAUGAAAAGAGAUUAAAAAGUAAAAGAAAAUAAAUCUGCUCAAAUUAAUGAAUAAUUGAAUAAAUAUAUUUUGAUUGAAAGCUUCAAAUUUUUUGUUUAUAAAAAAUUAAUUGCAAAACAUAAAUAAAUUCCAAUUUUUACAUAUACAAGUUUUUUAAAAAUUAUUUUAAACUGCAUAUCUUUAUAAAUUUAUAAACAUAUAUAUAUAUAUAUGUGUGUGUGUGUGUAUUUGAAUCAUAAUAUAAAAAUAUUUUUCAAUUAUUAAAAUUGUUCUAAUUGAUCUUUAUUACAGAUAUUAUUAAUAGUUUUAAAUCUCAAAGUUCUUAUGCUAUUGAAUGAAAUGUUCUAUAACUAAAUGUAUAAAUAUAUUUUAUUAUCAUAAAACAAAUAUAUUAAGAUAUAUUAACAUAAUAAAAAAAUAAUUAAAUUAUUUUUUUUUAUUUUAUAUAUUUUAUUUCUUUAGAAAUUAAUACACACACACACACACACACAAUAAUAAAUAUAUAUUAAUAAUCAUUUUUUAUUUUGUUUUAUUGUAUGAUAUUAUACAAUUAAUAAAGAGAUAUUAAAAGAAAA